UCUUCUCUGACUUCAUUAUAAUCACAACUUAAUAUAUAUAUAUCCAAUUAUAUUAAAGUACAGUUUUUGUUGAAAUUAAGGAAAAGAAAAUAAUGGCUUGCCCUUCAUCAUCAAUGGCAAUGGGGGAAAAUGGGGAAGAUGAAGUCAUCCAUGUGCUGGCUGUUGAUGACGAUCCAAUUAACCUUAUCAUCAUUGAGAAAUUGCUCAAGUCCUCUUCUUGCAAAGUAACAACGGCAGAAAAUGGAGUGAGAGCUUUGGAGUACCUGGGGUUAUUAGCAGGAGAUGUCCAACACAACUCUCCAAACACCAACGUCCCAAAGGUGAAUUUGAUAAUUACAGAUUACUCCAUGCCUGGGAUGAAUGGCUAUGAGCUUCUUAAGAAAGUCAAGGACUCAGCCAUGUUUAAGGAUGUUCCAGUGGUGGUAAUGUCAUCCGAAAACAUUCCAAGUCGGAUAAACCAAUGCAUGGAGGUAGGAGCUAAGAUGUUCAUCCUGAAGCCUCUCAAGCAAGCUGAUGUGAACGAACUCAAAUCUCAGUUAAUGCAUAAAAGAUUAUCAAUGUGAUGAAGACCGAUCAGAAGCUUUAGUAUAGUUAGAUCCAGAUUUGAUUCCCAAAAAAAAAAAUUAAUUAAUUUAAUAUGUAUCAAGGAUAGCAAGUUAAUUUUUCUAUUACUAUGAAAAUUAUGGAUGAAGACUUAUAACAUCUUUAGUUAUUACA